AUGAGCAGUAAAAGUUGCUUCAAGUGUGGACGCUCUGGCCACUGGGCCCGGGAGUGUCCUAAAGGAGGAACUCGAGGGCGAACACCAAGAAGUCGUGGCCGAGGUCCUCAAUGCAGCUCCGCCAGCCAGUCUGACAUCUGUUAUCGCUGUGGUGAAACUGGUCAUUAUGCCAAGGACUGUGAUCUCCAGGACACUUGCUACAACUGCGGGAAAAGAGGCCACAUCGCUAAAGACUGUACCCAGCCUAAACGAGAGAGGGAGCAGUGCUGUUACAUCUGCAGUAGACCUGGUCAUCUGGCUCGUGAUUGCGACCGGCAGGAAGAGCAGAAAUGCUACACGUGCGGCGAAUUUGGACACAUCCAGAAAGACUGCACCCAAGUUAAGUGCUACCGAUGUGGUGAGAAUGGCCACAUGGCGGUGAACUGCGGCAAGACGAGCGAAGUUAGCUGCUACCGCUGUGGCGAAUCGGGACAUCUAGCCAGGGAAUGCCCCAUUGAGGCUACCGCCUAG